AGCACCGCAGCAGCCUGUGUGUGUUACAGAGAGUAGAAGAGAAUGGCCAGAACUAAGCAGACAGCGCGCAAAUCCACCGGAGGGAAAGCUCCCCGUAAGCAGCUGGCGACCAAAGCGGCCCGCAAGAGCGCUCCGGCCACGGGCGGAGUGAAGAAGCCUCAUCGCUACAGGCCCGGCACGGUGGCUCUGCGGGAGAUCCGCCGCUACCAGAAAUCCACCGAGCUGCUGAUCCGCAAACUGCCCUUCCAGCGCCUGGUGCGAGAGAUCGCUCAGGACUUCAAGACCGACCUCCGCUUCCAGAGCUCGGCGGUGAUGGCCCUGCAGGAGGCCAGCGAGGCUUACCUGGUGGGGCUGUUUGAGGACACCAACCUGUGUGCCAUCCACGCCAAGCGGGUCACCAUCAUGCCCAAAGACAUCCAGCUGGCCCGCCGGAUCCGCGGGGAGCGCGCCUAAACGGAGCCUGGCCGGCCCUGCACAUUCACCCCGAGAGAGAGAGAGAAACAUAACGGCUCUUUUCAGAGCCACUAAACUAUCCAGAGAGCGGGAAACGAUGAAUUACAUUAAUAUUGUAAUUGCAAAACUAGGAAAUAAAUAGGGAAUGAGUUGUAAGCCCUAUUGACAGGGGCAGGCACGUCAUAUCUAAUGAAAUCUCCCGUGCUCGUAGAAUUUAUUAUAGCAGAUUGGAAUAUAAUUUUAGCGUGACGUUGUGGUAGUGGAUUAUAAUUUCCCGCGAAUUCUCUAUCGGUGUUCAUAUAUUUUGU